AAGAAGCUGCGAGCAAUGCCGAGAGCUGGUGGCUCAAUGCCGACAGCCAAAAGCAGCAUGGAAGAAACAGGUCACAGCAGAAUGGGCCGGUGGUGCGCAAUCUACUGCACAUUUUUUUUCCAAUCCAUCACUAGCUCAUGAACGCUAUAAGUAAGCCACGGGACCAGGGAGGCAGGGACAUCCAUUCCACGGCAACAAAGCACAAGGCGGCUUGAAGCGUUCAAGCGAACACAACACGAGGCCAAGAAAAGCAAGUGCAAGCGAUGGCAAUGGCAAGAAGCUGCAAGCAAUGGCGAGAGCAGGUGCUAGUGCUUGCUCUUGCUCUCCUCCUGUUUGGAGUUGCGUUCGUGCGGUGCACGGGCGUCGACGGGGAGAAGGAUGGCGGCCCGGCGGAGCCAGAGCCGGCGCCGGGGCAGACGAGGCCGGCGCUGCCGCCCGGGUGGACCGGCGACUCCGGGUCCGGGCAUGGGUCCAGCCCAGACGGUUCUUGGCAGUACGGCUGGGGCUGGUCCGCGGGGCCUGACGGGAAAGGUGGUGGGUCCGGGUUUGGCUACGGAAGCAGCGGAGGCGAAGGCGGUGGCGGCGGGGGUGGCGGCGGUGGCGGUGGCGGAGGCGGUGGAGGUGGCGGAAGCGGGCGGGCGUUUGGUUCCGGCAUUGGCGGGUACAAAGGUCAUCACGGCGGCUUUGGAGGUGGCGGCGGUGGUUCUGGCGGAUACGGUGACUACUCUGGCGGUUUUGGUGGUGGCAGUGGGAGUGGCGACACUGGUCAAUACGGUGGCGGUGAUGGUGGUGGUCACCAUGGCGAAGCUGGCAACGGCGACGGAGACGGUGCUGGGUAUAAGGGAGUCUUCGGCGGCGGCGGCUGGAGCAAGCGUGGUUACUUCCGCGGCGGAAGGGCGGCGCAGAAGGACCGUGGCGGCAACAACUGAAGCUGCCCGUCGUUGGCGCAGGCAAUCGUAAUUAGUAAGCUCAUAACUAGCAGAAAUAUGUAGUUAUGGACGAUGCAACAUAGUGCCUCCAUGGUAAUGCUCGGUGUAAGCAGCAGAGCUGUAUGAUCAUCAUGCCGGCCUUAGGGGCUAUGCAACUGAUACUUGCUUUUCUCUGGCUGAUGCCACUGCAAGUUACUUCUGUGCCUAAGGUACAACAAUAAACAGCACAAUACAUUGCCAGUGUAAACAUA